AUGAACUCUGUUGAACGAGUGAAAGAGUAUCUUGAGGUAGAGCAAGAGGCGGCGGCGGUUAUUUCCGAGUCAAGGCCGCCAGCCCACUGGCCUAGUGGCGGCGCUGUUGAAUUUACCAACUACACUACACGUUACCGACCGGACCUUGAUCCUGUUCUUCGCAACGUUUCCUUCACUGUGCAGCCGGGUGAAAAGGUCGGCAUCGUGGGCCGCACUGGCGCGGGCAAAAGCUCACUGGCCCUUGCUCUCUUCCGUGGCCUUGAAGCUGAGAAGGGACGUAUAGUCAUUGAUGAUGUAGAUAUCGGCUCUAUUGGGCUCCGCGACCUGCGAGAGUCUAUCACGAUUGUGCCUCAAGACCCGACUCUUUUCACAGGCACCAUCCGGAGCAACCUCGACCCAUUCAAUCUCUUCACGGAUGAGCAAAUAUUCACCGCGCUCCGUCGGGUUCACUUGAUCGGCUCUGGAACAUCAGGAACUGCAACUCCUGUGGUAAACAGCGCGGAACCCGUCGCGACAGCGAAUGGCACUGUCGUUCUUGAAAAUAAGAACAUCUUCCUCAACCUUGAGACACCGAUUUCGGAGUCUGGAUCUAAUUUGUCCCAAGGACAGAGGCAGCUUAUGUGUCUCGCCCGUGCGCUUCUUAAGGACCCCAAAGUACUGAUGAUGGAUGAAGCGACGGCUUCCAUUGACUAUAACACCGAUGCCAGAAUCCAGGAGACGCUACGUGAACUCCGGGACAGCACUAUCAUCACGAUUGCACACCGCUUGCAGACGAUCAUUGACUACGACAAGGUGCUGGUGCUCGAUCACGGCCGUGUGGUGGAGUACGACCAUCCGUGGACCCUUAUCAACCGGGAAGAUGGUGUUUUCCGAGGCAUGUGUGACAACAGUGGGAAUAUGGAGGUCCUUUUGGACGGUGCCAAGAAGGCCUGGGAACAUAAACGGCUUGUGGAUGACUCAUAG